UCGAGCGACAAAGCUUGAGGGUAUCAUUGAGAGGUCACAUUGUUUGUGAUGCGUGUCAGUGUGAUCAGUGGGUGGUUGGAGGAAUGGUAUAUAAUGUAGAGCCCCUUUCCUCAAAUUUUGCAUAACGUCGAAUAACGUUGAGUGCAUUCAGUAGUCUCCAAAAGUUACAAAUAAUUUUUUUUUCCUAUUAAAAGCGUUGAAAUGAUUGUGCUUUGAACAUGAAUACAAUUCUCUGGCUGAGGAUUUUAAUCUGAAGGUAGAUAAAUUGGGGUAAAGAUUGUUGUUUGAUCGCGGGAAGAUGAAGACACCGAUAAUGAAGAGUUCGAUACCGGGGCUGGCGGAGUUUCCAGCGAGAUUUGAUAGGAUACCUACGGGUGACGGAUGGGUGGAGGGUAGGAGGAGGCUCGACGGGGCGGAGGGGUUGUGGAGGAUCAACGAUCGAUUGUACGAUCUCACGAAUUUUGUGAAGAAACAUCCUGGGGGUUCGGAGUGGCUCACUAUCACUAAGGGAACUGAUAUCACGGAAUUGUUCGAGAGUCAUCACUUGACUGGUAAUGCUGAAAAAUUAUUGCCUAAAUUUUACAUUCGUGAGGCAGUCAAACCAAGAGCAGUGCCCCUGACAUUUGAUAAGAAUGGAUUUUAUAAAAAAUUCAAGGAAAGAGCGAUCAUUGGUCUGAGGAACACUGACUUUCAUCGACCAGCUUUGAAAUCUAAUUUACUGGCUGAUUUCCUGGCAAUCGCAACUCUACUUUUGUGUGUAAUCACGGCAAUAACGCAAUCACGACUUGCACUGAUUAUCGCUGGGACAAUCAUGGCUUUCACAACAAUAACCGGACACAAUUACUUCCACAUGCGCGACAAUUUUCGCAUGUACUACUUCGACAUCUCUCUGAUGUCAUCCCGCGAGUGGCGAAUAACUCACGCCAUGAGUCAUCACAUGUAUCCAAAUACAAUUUGGGAUUUUGAGAUACUGACUUUUGAGCCGUUUCUUCAGUAUCUGCCAACAAUUGCGGCACCCGUAUCACGAAAAUUCGCAUGGCUCUAUUCCCCCGUCGUCUACCUUUUAGCGUUUUAUUCGCAAGGGGUGAAAAGAUAUGCAGAAAUAUUCUUGGUGCGAAAAAAUCUUGAAUUUCGCGAUGUCGUUCCAUUUAUCAUCCCCAUAUCGAUGUUUUUAGCUACUGGUAAUUUAUCACAAGCUCUUUGCGAUUGGAUUCUUAUCGUCGGUGUCGCGAGCUUUAUUUUUCAUGUAAUCGGCCUCAACGCGGCUCAUCAUCAUCCUGAUAUUUUCCACGACGGUGAUAAUCCAAGGGAAGAUCUUGACUGGGGAUUACUGGAGAUGGACGCAGUGAGAGACCGGGAAAUAGUAGACGACUCCUAUUUUCUAGCUCUAACUCAAUUCGGCCUUCACAGUCUUCAUCAUUUAAUGCCAACGGUCGAUCACAGCUAUUUGCAUCUGUGUUUACCAGCGCUCGAGGACACUUGUCGUGAGUUCGGCAUUGGUUUGGGGAGAUUCACACCCUUGGAACUGAUGAAGGGGCAGUUUCGGCAAUUGCGAAGAGUUGAGACGAAAACAAAUUACAGAUAAGAUAAUUAUUUUUUCACGAAGGAGCGUUUAUCUCGAGGAGGACUCGAGAUAAUUGAGGGAAAAUAGUCUCAGUCGAUGGAUGGAAACACGAUAAGAUUAAUGAAAAAAUACACCCAUUUACCCCCGGUAAUUAACGAGAAAAUUGAGAAAACAAAAUGAUAAGGGAAACUGAAAAGUCUGAAUGACGGCUGAAUUCAUCUCGGACUACUCAUCGCAAACCAAUUCAUCCCGGAUGAUUUACCCCAAACAAAUUCAUCCCAAAACAAAUCAAUCCCACGACAAUUUCAUCCCAACCAUCAAAUUCCAAUGGAAUUUUUCACGGUCACAACGAUAAUUCAGGGAGAGAAAAAUUAACUUUAUUUUCACAGAAAAAGCCACUAAACACAACAUCUAAAUCAAUCAGAUACUUCAUGAUUCCCUCCUAGUAUUGUUUACACAACCGAUCAACGGAUUAACAGGAAACAUUGCAAAGAAACUGUCAAAUCAUUCUUAUCCAUCUCAACUAACAUUCGCCAGAUAGGCCACAAGUAAUAACCAUAGCAUCAGUUUACAAAAUCAGUAUAAACUUGAAAAUUAAUUCGAUAAGUCACGCGCUUCUGCCAAGUGUAUUCUUCAUCCAAACAGUAAUAAUAAAAAAAUGGGAUGAAACUGUCGUGGGAUGAAUUUGUUUUGGGAUGAAAUUGUUUGGGAUGAAUUGUCAUGGGAUGAAUUUGUGGGAUGAAUUAUCCUGGGAUGAAUUAACCGGAUACCUUUACCUGGCUAUCCAAUGGGGUCCUGAUGAUCCCCCAUAUCUUUUUGUUCGUAGAAUGAGAACGUACGAGUUACGUUUAUUGAAUUGUAUUCGUUUGGUUUGCCUGAUAUUGCGUUAUAUUUUUGUAUCUGCAUCGACAGUUGGGGGUUUUCAAUUGUGACUUCUGAUCAGUAAGAUGUUUAGUGGUAAGGAUGGAGGGGUGAACGUUGAAUAAAGGUUAUUCCGAUGAUA